UGACCAAUCAGCUACAGGCAGUAGCAUUCAAAACCAAUCUCACAGAAACGACAUUUUUCAUUUACGCUUGCAUACUGCGGUACCCGAAAGGUUCCUGAACAGGAGUGCGUCACAUAUAAGAAUCAUCCAUCGAGUAUCUACGUAAUCUACCUCCUGAGCGUGUCUGUUACACACCAGUCAGUUUGCGGAAACAUGUCUGAAGCACCGCGGUCUCCGCUGAUCACCCUGAAUGCUGUUGAGGGCCAGACCCCCAAGGCCGUAGCUGCCGUCAAGCCUCAGCUGCAGGCACCUGCACCUGCUGGGCCUGAAGGGAGGAGUCGCCUUCCACAGCCGCAGACCAGGCUGCCCAUGCCGUCCACACACCUCCCUCUACCCACCAGAAAUGGGGCAUCUAAGCGAAAGCAGGAUUUUACACCAGACGUGCAGCAAACCGUUGGCGGAAAGAAGAGAAAGGCAGAUGCAAUGAGAGGUGCACCCCCACCCAAAAUGCCAAACAUUGUAAGAAGAACAGCGAGUGCAACCACUCGCCCUGGGACAAGAACUGCAGCAACAGCAAAACCCGCGGUUGGACGACCUCCAGCUGCCUCGCGUGCAGGUGCUAGUAGGGGAGCUGCUGCUGCCAAGACAGGUGCCAGAACUGUUACCACACGUGGCUCUGCUUCUAAACCAGCUGUAUCAAAGGCUGGUGGCAUGACAAGGUCGAACUCAGGGUCUACCAUCCCUAAAGGUGCUCCUGUCAAGAAGCGCCCUGCAUGGGACCUGAAGGGUCGCAUUGAGGAUAUGGAGAAAACCAUGCGUAGCAUGCAGUCUGAGAAGGAAGCCAUCACUCAACAAAAAGAGGAGAUCACUCAACAUUCUGACAACAUACAACAAGACCUGUUGACCCUGCAGCGUGAAAACACCACACUACGACAACGUGUCAACGAGGCUGAAGUAACAUUGAGGGACCUGCAGUCAAAGAAUCGAAACAUGGAGGACGACCUAGAGCGGGUAAAUCGCCAGAAGAAGGCUGUAGAGCGUGAGAGGGAUGACCUUGAGUCUGACCUGCAGACGUCACGAAAGGAGUGCCAAGGACUGAAAGGAACCAUCGCCCAGCAGGCAGCAGCACAGGAGGGCAUCAAGGCUGAGCUGCAGCUGCGCAAUUCCCAGAUAGAGACGACCAAUAUUGCCCUGCAGGCAGAAAAGGGAGCCGUAGCUAGCCUUCAAGCAGAGCUGGCAGAAGCUCGUGACAAGAUUGCAGCUCUUGACCGUCAGCUGCAACAAGCAGAGACGGACCGUAGGGUCCUGCAUAACACCAUACAAGAGCUCAAGGGCAAUAUCAGAGUAUUUGCACGGUUGCGGCCACUGCUAUCACCCGAUGGUAAUGCUGCCAAUGAUGGACUUGAUGACAUCCCACACUUUGACUGGCACGACGGUAACAUCUUGGAACUGGACAGGGCGAUGGAUGGGGAUCCUAAUGAGACCAUGAGUGGUUUCAAACGCACAGAAAGCCAGAAGAUCGAGUUCAGCUUUGACAGGGUGUUUGCUCCAAGCAGCUCCCAGGGAGAGGUGUUUGAGGAGAUCUCCCAACUAGUACAGAGUGCCCUGGAUGGGUACAAAGUAUGCAUCUUUGCGUAUGGACAGACAGGCAGUGGGAAGACCCAUACUAUGGAGGGUAACCUGGAGCAGGGCCCUGAGCAGCGAGGCAUGAUCCCAAGGGCAGUAGAACAAGUCUUUAGGACGGCUGAGAGGCUGAGGGGAAAGGGCUGGGAGUACAAGAUAUCAGCCAGCUUCCUGGAGAUUUACAAUGAGAGCCUCCGUGACCUGCUAGACAGCAAGUCUGACAAGAAAAUGGACAUCAAGAUGAAGGACAACAGAGGGAGCAAGGACAACAAGACCAACGACGUCCACGUAACUAACCAGGUGGUCGUUGAUGUCAACAGCGAAGAUGAGGUCUACCCCCUUCUGAAGAAGGCCAACAAACACCGUGCUGUCGCAGCAACCAAGUGUAAUGACAGGUCAUCUCGGUCACACAGCGUCUUUCAGCUCAGGAUCAAGGGCCAGAACAGCCUGACCUCGGAGUCUUGUGCCGGUAUGCUAAACCUGGUUGACCUUGCUGGUAGUGAGCAGGUGAAGAAGUCUGGAUCCCAGGGGAAGCAGCUACAGGAGGCUCAGAGCAUCAACAAGUCCCUGUCCAACCUCUCAUUGGUCAUCACCGCCCUCAGCAACAAGGAGCCUCACAUCCCAUACCGGAACUCUAAGCUGACCUACCUCCUGCAGAACUCCCUGGGUGGCAACUCUAAGACACUGAUGUUUGUCAAUGUAUCUCCUCAAGAGGAACACCUGGUAGAGACCGUCAACUCCCUACGGUUUGCCACUACAGUAAAUCAAUGCAACAUCGGAACUGCACAGAAGAAGGUCAAGUAAACAGUGCUGCCCAGCUCCAGCUCCCACGAAUAACAGAACUCGAUAAAAGAAUAGAUUUGCUGUUACUUAUAGUUAGGGAAUAUGUACCUCAAAUAUCUGUACUUGUGUAGAAUAUUGAAUAUUUCUUUACGCCCUGUAAUAUUUACUCUAGAGAAAGCUUGUGUCUGACCAUGUCAGACACAAGCAUAGGUUCUUUGUGUAUUCUGUAUACUAAUAGUAUUCUUUGUGUCUUGAAUUUGCCCUCACAACAUUAUCUGAAUAGAUUUGAUCAUUGGCAUUACAGUCUGUUAUGAUGAAGAAUGGGCCUACCUUUUGAAAGAUUUUUUUGGGGGGAGGAUUAUAUCUCUGACAUACUGAACAUAUGUGUGUAUAUAGAUGUACUUUAACUUGUAUUCUUAGAUGUCUUCUUACAUUGUCAUUGAAAAAUGAAAUUUGAAUCAAGUCCAAUGUUAGAUUACUGUCUCUGAUUUUUCUAACUAGUAAGACAUAAAGAAAUAAGAUGACAUGUUUUAUAGCAAAAUGUGUGGGGAUCAUAAGAUAUUAUACACCCUGUAACACCCAUGUCAUUACACGUGUACAUAUAGGUCUUGAUAGUCUUGUUUAUGUAUUUUAGCACUCUAACAAAAAGUUUCCAAUGUCUGUCAACAUUGUUUGCCUGAAUUCCUAUUCUCCUUGUUUUAUCCCACUUGCUGUCAUGUGGGGGUUAGAUGUGCUUAGUAGUAGUUUUUUUAUUCAGAACUCUUGUUAUACAAUAAAAGUAUGUCAUCACCAUGUUA